CCUCCCGACUUGUUGAUUUCUUCGAGUCGUCAACCCAACAACACAGGCACAACACACCACCACACACACCCAAAAUGCCCGUCCUAAAACCCUUGUCGGGCAAUCCCGAAGCCCCCAAGCAAUACAACCAACCGUCGAGAAAGGGCAAGAAGGCGUGGAGGAAGAAUGUCGACGUUACAGAGGUCGAGCAGGGUCUCGAUGAGUUGAACGCCCAGAUCAUCAAGGGUGGUGUCAUUGCCGAGAAGACCUCCGAAGAACUCUUCGCCAUCGACGUCAAGCCCGACACCGAAAUUACCAAGAAGCUCCCCAAGCAGCUCAAGAAGCCCUUGAAGGCCGACGAGAUCCUCGCCCAGCGCUCCGCCGUUCCUGCCGUCUCCCUCAAGAAGCGCCCGGCUUCUGAAACUUCCGGCAAGGUCACCGACGGCGUCCUGCCCUCCAAGCGCCUGCGGGCCACCUACGUCACCCAAAAGGAGCUCAGUCGCCUGAAGCGCGUUGCCGACGGCCACCACACCACCACGGUCGAGGUCGUCGACGCCACCUUUGACGCCUGGGCCGACCCGGAGGAAGAGCAGAAGAAGCAGCAGCAGGCCGCGGAAACGUUUAACUUUUUGCCCAAGGUCGAGAAGCCCAAGGCGCCCAAGACGCUCACACAACAACCCAUCUCCCUCGCCGCCACCGGCAAGCAGCUCCCCGCCGUUCCCAAGCCCAAGGGCGACAAGUCGUACAACCCCGCCUUCACCGACUACUCGGAGCGCUACCAGGAGGAGCUGCGCAAGGCCGAGGAGGCCGAGCGGAAGCGGCUGGAGGAACUCGAGAAGGAGCGUCUCAAGGCCGAAGCGGCCGCCAAGUCGCGCGCCGAGGCCGAGGCCGCCGAGAAGCGCGCCGAGCUGUCGGAGUGGGAGGAUGAUUCCGCCUGGGAAGGGGCCGAGAGCGACGCGGAAGGGUUGGCCAACAAGAAGAAGCGGCCGGAGCGCAAGACGCAAGCGCAGCGCAACAAGAUCAAGCGCCGCAAGGCCGAGGAGCAGCGUCUGAAGCACGAGGCGGCCAUCAAGAAGAGGGAGGCCGAGGCCGCGCGGGUCAAGCAGAUUGCCAAGGAACUGGCCGAGAAGGAGAGGCAGCUUGCUCUCCAAAAAGCCGAAUCCAACAAUGUCGAAGAGGACGAUGCUAGCAUUGAAGAGGAUGACGACGUCGAGCUGCGCCGUAGGCAACUAGGCAAGUUCAAGUUGCCCGAGAAGGAUCUGGAGCUGGUCUUGCCGGAUGAGCUGCAGGAUUCGCUGAGACUACUCAAGCCGGAGGGUAAUCUGUUGAAAGACAGGUACAGGAAUAUGUUGCUUAGAGGCAAGGUGGAGGCGAGGAGGCACAUUCCCUUCAAAAAGCAGGCCAAGACAAAGGUUACGGAGAAGUGGACUUUCAAGGAUUUCAAUCUGGCUUAAAGCGGCUCGGAUGGGUUCAAGUAUUGGGG